CAUAAAUCAGAUUUGGAGAGUUUAAUUCAAGUUAUGAUAAUUAUUUUUGGAGACCAUCCACCUGUAUUUGCAAAACCUAAAGCAGAUCCAGUGAUGCCGCAUCAGCUUGUAAAUUCUAUUCCUUAUCCAAAACAAUCUGUCAUGCCAAUGCCACACGUAUUGGCACAAUCAGGGUAUCCACAACCGCCUCAGCCUAUUGUGUCGAACGUGUUUGUUUCAGCUGAUGUUCAAUAUCCAAAUUAUUCGUAUUCCAAUUCAAUUUCCAACUAUCCAAUGCCUGGCUACAGUGGACCAUAUCCUUCAUAUUCUUCUGUAAGCAAUCGUUGAAUUUUAAACAUUAAAAAAAAUCCUAUGUGACUUAUCAUUAACA